AUGUCUAGAGAUAUUGGCUUCCACCCGAACACUACCAAUUCCAAUGUCACUCAUCUAGCUUUCGCUGAUGAUAUCAUGGUGUUCUUUGAUGGAGGAAAACAUUCUUUAGAAAGCAUUGCUGCAACUUUGGAGUCAUUCUCGCAAUGGUCUGGUCUCUCCAUGAACCACAGCAAAACUGAGCUCUUCAAAGGGGGUAUGAAUCAGAUCGAAACCGCUGAACUCUCCAGUCUGGGUUUUAGCUAUGGGUGCCUCAAGAAGAUUGAAAGUAUGUGCUCUAGGUUUCUAUGGAGUGGCGAUAUAUCUAAGAAAUCUGUUGCUAAAGUCUCUUGGUACAAUGUGUGUCUGCCUAAGGAGGAAGGUGGAUUGGGUUUGAGGAACUUUCAGAUUUGGAACAAAACAUUAUGCCUUAGACUCAUCUGGUUUCUAUUUUCUAAUAGCUCUUCUCUUUGGCUUGUAAGCUUCUGGUGGGACCAUUGGACCCCUCUUGGUCCUCUCAUUGAUCUAUUUGGGACAGGAGGUCCUAGAGAACUUGUUAUUCCUCUUCAGGCCUCCGUAUCUCAAGCCUGCAACUCGUCUGGCUGGCUUCGUCUUGUGGCUCAUGCUACCAUUUAUGGCAUCUGGAGAGAACGCAACAAGAGAAUCAACGACAACAUCUCCUCCACACUACAAGCAAUUUUCAAGUUCAUUGACAGACUUAUCCGUGACGCGAUUCUAGCCAAAAGGAAAAGGAAAGCGUUUGGUGACCUUAUGCAAAUAUGGCUCACCUUCUCUUAA